UGUAUUGAAGCUGAUCUCCAGCAGACCAUUCAUCAUUAAAAUUAGACACUUUACAUAUCUCAAGGGAAACUGUUGUGCAGCAGUUGCAGUACAAAGCAGUUCAAAUAUAAAAUAUCAGGGUUCAAACACAAUGUAAAAAUAACAAAAAGGUCAACGCAGCAGCAGAGGGACUGAAGAAAUGGCUGAGAGGAAAAAGAGGAAGCAUGACGCCUCCAGGUCCCCCUCUGCGGGGUCCGAACAGCCAAUCAGCUCCUGCAGUGAGCUGUCAGACAGUUCACCGAUGAGCGAUGCAUCCAUGCACCAGCCCAUCAGCUUUGGUGUUGACAAAUCAAAACGCGGAGCUGUGCCCAAAGCUCCCAGCGUUGUUUCCCUGAAGAGUGAUGCAUCCAUGGACCAGCCAAUCAGCUUUAGCCUCAGAAAAAGAAAGCACAAAACAAGAAGGUUAUUUCAUUUAAUGUGUUCUGGGAAGAAAGCAUCAUUAAUAAGAGAUCCUGAACAUCAGAGAGAGAAGGAGGAAUAUGCUAAGGACAGUCAUCUUCUUAAAGUAAAGAAGAAUCUUAAAGAAGAAAUGCAAAAUAAAUUUACCUUGAUCUUCGAAGGCGACUACGACCAAGAGACCUCCACGGACAAAAUCUAUUCAGAAGUCAUUAUCAGCACUGCAGAGAAUGAAGGACCACAUGAGGAACAUGCAUUCAGACACAUCAAACUUAAAUUGGAACAACAGUGCUUUCAGCAAAAUGUCAUCCUCAAUGACAUCUUCAAGCCAUUGCCUGGCCAAAGGAAUCCAUGCAGGACAGUCCUGACAAAGGGCGUCGCAGGCAUUGGAAAAUCGUUUGCUGUCCAGAAACUCAUUCUUGACUGGGCAAAGGGGAGCGCAAACCAGGACAUUGAUUUUGUUUUCUGCCUUGCUUUCCGAGAGCUGAAUUUGAGUAAAGAUGACAAAAGCUUACACGAGCUCCUGAUUGAAUUUCACCCUGCACUUCAGAGUUUGACAGUUCCAGAGGAUUUCAUCAGAACCAGAGUGCUGGUGAUCCUGGAUGGCCUGGAUGAAAGCAGAAUUCAGCUGGACUUUGAGAACAAGACAGUAACAUCUGUUAGUGAAGUAACAUCUGUGGGUAAUCUUAUUGCAAACUUGAUCCAGGGUAACCUUCUUCCUAAUGCUCAACUCUGGAUAACAUCGCGUCCAGCAGCAGCCAGUCAGAUUCCUGCACAUUUUAUUGACUUGGUAAUGGAGAUAAGGGGCUUCAGCGAUUCACAGAAAGAGGAAUACUUCAGGAGGAGAUUUAGUCAUGAGUCGGACCUUGCUGAAAGGAUCAUUUUCCACAUUCACUCUUCACCGAGUCUCGACAUUAUGUGCCAGAUACCAAUCUUCUGCUGGAUUUCUGCUGUGUUAUUUCAGGAGAUCUUUGGUGGAGAUGAGAAAACUGAAAUCCCUCAAACUUUAACAGAAAUGAUGGGGCAUUUCCUGUUUGCUCAGACAAAACGCAGGAACAGAAAGUAUGAGCAGAAGACUGAGGAGAACCGAGAGGAACUUCUGAAGACACACAAAGAAUUCCUUCUGAAACUCGGCAAGCUCGCAUUUGUCCAGCUGCAGAAGAACAACCUCAUCUUCUAUGAGGAAGACCUAGAAGACUGUGACAUUGACAUUACAGAGGCAACCAUCUAUUCUGGACUUUGCGACACAGUUCUUAGGGAAGAAGAAAUCUUUUCACAGAAAAAGAUCUUCUUCUUUGUGCACCUGACCAUACAGGAGUUCUUUGCAGCUCUCUUUGUCUAUGACUGUUUCACAAACAAGAACACAAUAGAGCUUGUCAACUUCCUCGAUUUUAUGGACAAAGAACAUACUUUACUUGAUAUUCUAAAGAUGACAGUCGACAAAGUGUUGGAGAAGAAGAAUGGCCACCUGGACUUCUUUCUCCGAUUCCUCCUUGGCCUCAUGGUUGAACACAACCGAAAAAUCCUUCAGGGUCUGCUGACAUCGCCGGAUUCAAACCAAGAUACCGACAAGAAAAUCUUGACUUAUCUCAAAGCCAUCCGAAGGAGGGCACUCCCUCCGGACAGCAGCAUCAACCUCUUCCAGGCCAUGGUUGAGAUGAGAGUUCACAAAGUCAAAGAUGAGAUUCAGGAAUAUCUCAAAUUGUCAGAUCGGUCCAAAGCAGAACUGACUCCCUUGCACUGCUCUGCACUGGCCUACAUGCUGCAGGUAUCCAAAAAUGACCUGGAUGUGUUGGACCUGAAGAGUUACAACACAUCAGAGGAAGGCAGAAGGAGGCUGAUACCAGCUGUGAGGAGCAGCAAAAAGGCCAUACUAGCAGACUGCAAAGUGACUGAAGAGUGGGUUGAACACCUGGCGUUUGGUCUCCGAUUCCCCUACUCCCCUCUAAAACAUCUGGAUCUGAGCAACAAUGACCUGAAAAAUUCAGGAGUAAAGCUUCUCUGCAAUGGACUGUCGAGCCAGUGCUGUAGACUGGAGAUAUUGAGAUUGUCAGGUUGCCAGGUGUCAGAGGAAGGCUGUGGUCAUCUCUGCUUGAGUCUGAAGUCCAACCCUUUGCAUCUGAUCGAGUUGGACCUGAGCUACAACCAUCCAGGAGACUCAGGAGUCAAAAUACUCCUUGAGCUGAAGAAGGAUCCACAUCACAAGCUCAGCAAACUCAAUGUUGAACAUGGUGGAAGUCAUCGGAUGCAGCUUGGAUUCAAGAAAUAUCCAUGCGAGCUCACUUUGGACCCUAUCACAGCCCACAAAAACCUCCUCCUCUCUGACGAGAACAGAAAGGUGACCUGGGUGGAAGAGGAGCAGCCAUAUCCAGACCAUCAAGAUAGGUUUGAAUACUGCCAACAAGUGCUGUGUGAACAGGGUCUAACAGAGCGCUACUACUUUGAGGUGGAAGUAAUGGAGCCCUUCAGUAUUGGGUUAACGUACAGAACCAUUGGCAGGAAGGGGAAUGGGGAUGAUUGCAAGCUGGGUUGCAAUGACAAGUCUUGGUGUCUGACUUGCUCUGAUGAUGGUUGUUAUGUUAAGCAUUGCAGUGACAGAGUCAGUGUAUCUUCCCUCUGCUCGCGCUCCAGUCAAGUGGGAGUGUAUCUGGAUUGGCCAGCUGGGACUCUGUCCUUCUACAGAGUUUGGUCAGACAGUAAGAUCCGCCUCCACACUUACAAAACAACGUUUACUGAGGCCCUCUAUCCUGCUAUUGAACUUCACACAAGUUCCUCUGCAUCGUUUUGUCAGCUAACGUAACUUUCCCCUGCAUUCACGUGAGCACACAAGCACAUGGAUGGUGUGGACACGUCCUCAUUGUAUGGAACAUGGCAAGAUUCAGGGGCGAUGCAGUGGUUAGCACUGUUGCUGUUGUGUUUAUGUGCCUCGUUCUGUAUGUUUGUCUUGCACUACACUUUUCAGCUUAACAGUUUCAUCAUGUUAAGCACUUCAUAAAAUUUCAAUGCAUCGUGACAACUCAGUAUUUUGUGGCUGACCAAUAGAAUUUUCCGUAAUCUUACUAAAUGCACCUGUUCACGUGUUUGAGCUUUUACGUGUUAAAAAUGACAAAUUAUAUGUCAAGUAUUGAUAUUGAAUAUGUUCAUAUUCUGCCUCACAUGUACUUUGCCCCAUGUAACGUAUGCUGAAUGCUGAAUCUCAUUAGCUUCAUAAAACUGGUUCAAAAUCAGUAUCUGCCUACAGGUAAACAUUUGACUGAUAGAUGAAUAGAACACAUGUAUGUUUUAACCAUACUAAUAUGUCACUGAACUGUCGGCCAUCUUUGUUUCCAACUCGCACUGUGGGAAAACUUUAUUAUCAAAUAAGUGGAAUAAAAUAUUUUAAAAUCUCAUUCUACCAGUCAUUUGGCCCCACAUGGCUUUAUGUUGUGUAUGCACAUCUUGUCCACUAGAUGUCACUACACAGUCCUCUACAUUUGGACUAAUUCUGCCUAGAAAGAAGUGGUGGAGGAACUAUUCAGAUUUUUAAGCUGAAGUAGCAGUAACAUCAUGUAGAAAUGCCAAAAUUCAUGCAUUCACAAAUGUUCACCAUUUCAUUGUUUUUGAAAAUAAACUUUCAGAAAAUGAAAGAA